AGUAGAGCGCAGAGAUGAAUGUGACAGAAGAAGAAAAGAGACUCGUUUGUUCAAAAUAUACGAUCUUUGUUGUUACGUCACAGUCAUUUGGUCAUCCUCGCGAACAUGGCGAACAUUCGAUGCGUCAAGGGUAUGGUCGGCCUGGUGACGGGCGGUGCCUCCGGUCUGGGCCGAGCCACUGUGGAGCGUCUGGUGCAGAACGGAGCGGCCGCUGUGAUCCUGGACCUGCCCUCCUCUGAUGGACCGGCUCUGGCAGAGAGACUGGGGGACCGCUGUGCCUUCGCUCCUGCAGACGUGACGUCGGAGGCAGACGUGCUCUCAGCCGUGACCCUGGCCAGAGAGAAGUUUGGAAAGCUGGACCUCGCUGUGAACUGCGCCGGCAUCGCUGUGGCCUUUAAAACCUACAACUUCAAGAAGGACCUACCUCACAGCCUGGAGGACUUCCAGAGAGUUAUUAAUGUGAACAUUGCAGGAACCUUUAAUGUGAUCCGUCUCGCUGUGGGUGAGAUGGGGAAGAACGAGCCUGAUGCAGACGGACACAGAGGGUGCAUCAUCAACACAGCCAGCGUGGCGGCCUUUGACGGACAGGUCGGCCAGGCGGCGUAUUCAGCAUCUAAAGGCGGCAUCGUUGGAAUGACCCUCCCCAUCGCACGAGACCUGGCGCCCAUGGGCAUCAGAGUCCUCACCAUAGCACCUGGUCUGUUCUCCACUCCCCUCCUGGCCAGUCUUCCAGAGAAAGUCCGCUCCUUUCUCGCACGCCAGGUGCCCUUCCCGUCGCGCCUGGGAGACCCCGCUGAGUUCGCCCACCUGGUGACGUCGCUGGCCGAGAACCCCAUGAUUAACGGAGAGGUCAUCAGACUGGACGGAGCCAUUCGCAUGCAGCCCUGAGAAGGAUGGUGUGUGUGUGUGUGUGCGCUUGUGUGUGUGUGUUUGUUUUGACAGUGAGAACACUUUUAUGUGAGAGUGUCUGUGUGCGGCGGUGUGUUGUGUUUAUGUUGUAGAAAGCUGCAGACGGUAAAUACACACUGUAAUCACAAACAUCAUUUUAAAAGGUUUGUGUGAGAAUGUGAAGACUGUAACACAUUCAGAGCACUGCAGUACUUUUUGCACUCCACUUUGGUGCUUUUGUAACUAAACCAGAUUCUAAUAACAAUAAACCUCAGAUGGGUUUCGUUAUCCGCUCCA